CACGCAUACUCCUUCACUGGAAAGAAGAAUCACGACUGGGGCACCUACCGUAUAUAGGAGGCCAGGUGGCCAGCUGUCAGUGUUAGUUAUGUUCGCUAUGUUUCCCGCCUCCAAGGCAGAAAUACCUCAUUGCUGUGACAUGUUAUGCUUUUCUUCGUUCCGGGACCUAUUUCGGAUGUGAACGCAGCGAGGUUCCCGAAGCGCAUUCGACUCGGUUGGGAGCUCGGACUUGCCCAUAACGCCUUUUGCACGCAAACAAUUCCUAAAAGAAUACCAAUAAACUAAUUGCGAUGAAUCAGGCGGCGUUUCUUUCGGGCCUGCACGCGUUCGUUUGCUUCAUCGCUUGCUGGCUUGCACAGGCUAAUGCAGCUAACCCGGAAGUGCAGCUCCUGCUUGAGAAGCCGGGUUGGCGAAGGGCCUGGAGCCAUGAAGACAUGGAACCGCUGUACAACGCCAGCCUCUACCCUGACCUGGCUGUUUUCCGCUCACGUGUACGGCUGGCCUCCGCACUCGGCAUCGCCAACCAGCUGCGCAAGUACCACAUGAACGCCACCCGCGUGCGCAGGAGCACCGCGGUGGUAGUGGUGCGGGGGGGCAGGGUGCAUGGAGUCACCUUUGACGACUUCAACCCCGCCUUCCGAAUACGGCUUGACUCGGUGGUUUCGGAGCUGCAGCGGCACCAGGACGCGGGCUGGGUGGCGCUGGAGGACUCCAUCUUCAUCCUCAACACGCGGGAUGUGCCGCUGUGCCCGCUGGGCUACUGCCUGGUUCCGUUGUUCUCCCCAGUCAAGGAGAUUCGGCAGGGCUCGCAGUCCUCCUACAACGACGACCUGCUAGUGCCGCUGCUGGCCUACCCGCACGAGCAGCUGGUGAACUACCCGGAGGGGGACAAGAUCCCUCGCGGUGCGCUAGCCGCUCACUCCUCCCAGCCCACGAGCGGCUUGGACGGCUCCUCCUGCGCCGCCUUCGUGCGCCGCUUCGCUGCCGAC